GCCUUCUCCGCGCGGUGCCUGCAGAGCUUCGCUCCUCGCCGGCGGGCAGGCGGCCCGGCAGCACCUGAGCGGCGACCCGGGCGCGGGGCCGACCGAGUCGGGGCGCCCGGCCCCUGUCGGGGUCCAUCGACGGCAGGAGCGCGGGCCGGGCCAUGGCGGGGCUGGAAAGCGCGCCGGCGGCCAGGCCGAGCCUGACCUCCAUCUCGUCGGGGGAGCUGCGCAGCCUGUGGACGUGCGACUGCGAGCUGGCCCUGCUGCCCCUGGCCCAGCUGCUGCGCCUGCAGCCCGGCGCCUUCCAGCUGCGCGGCGACCAGCUGGUGGUCCCGGGCCCCGCGGAGCCCGCGGCCACGCGCGGGGGCUUCAACGUCUUCAGCGACGGCCUCGUGCGCCUCGACGGACAGCUCUACCGCCUCAGCAGCUACAUCAGGAGAUAUGUGGAACUGACCAACUACUGCGAUUAUAAAGACUACCGGGAAACUAUAUUGAGCAAACCAAUGCUAUUCUUUAUUAAUGUACAGACAAAAAAGGACUCCUCGAAAGAAAGAACGUAUGCGUUUCUUGUGAACACCAGGCACCCCAAGAUAAGAAGACAGAUAGAGCAGGGGAUGGACAUGGUCAUUUCCUCAGUGAUUGGAGAAAGCUACUGGCUUCAGUUUGAUUUUCAAGAGGCAGUAAAGAAUUUUCUCCCUCCAGGAAACAAGGUGGUUAAUGGAGAAAAUUUGAGCUUUGCGUAUGAAUUCAAAGCUGACGCGUUAUUUGAUUUCUUCUAUUGGUUUGGGCUCAGCAAUUCCACUGUAAAAGUGAAUGGAAAAGUUCUGAAUUUGUCAAGUACAAGUCCAGAAAAGAAGGAGACCAUUAAAUUAUUUCUGGAAAAGAUGAGUGAACCUUUAAUCCGAAGGAGCAGUUUCUCUGACCGAAAAUUCAGUGUAACUUCCAGAGGUUCACUGGAUGAAGUUUUUAACUGCAGUCUGUCACCCAGAUCAUCUCUGAUGGAGCCUCUUUUGGCAGAAUUACCAUUUCCAUGUGUUCUGGAAUCUGAAGAGACACCCAACCCAUUCGUCUGAUUGGAUUGGACAUUUUGCAGCUCCUCCUACACCCCAGGCCUGUACCAGAACCCAAGGCUGAGGGGAUCCAAGAGAGACGGGAGGCGGGUACCUCUGCCCUCUGCUCCUACAGAGACCCCUCCUUUCCAUUUUUUUUUUUUUUUUUUUUUU